UUUUUUUUUAGGUUACGAGGGACUGUCAGGGUAGCAGAUUUUACUUGCCAAUACUUAUUGCUGUUGAAGUAAAAUACGUAGGGUGGUUGCCAAUCAAUACUAAAGCUUUCUGAAAUAUUUAUCAUUGUCUACAACAAUCUGUGUAAUUUAGAAUAAAAUUGUAGUUUUCUCAACUUCACAACAUGCAUUCUGAUGAAAGGGUCGAUGAGGAGUUGGAGGCUCUUCAGGCUAUCUUAAUGGAUGAAAUCCACAUAAAAACAGACGACAGAGGUAAAGCGGUGGCUGUGGAAACAACUGUAUACCCGUGGACUGCGCUGGAUACGCAGCAGCAGUAUGUCCGUGUAGAUCUAUCCAUUGCGCUCCCUGCGCGCUACCCUGACAUCAGCCCUGUAGUGACACUGCGCAACCCGCGCGGGCUGGAGGACACGACUGUAGCAGCCAUCGAAGCACAGAUACAUGACAAAUGCGACGACUUCCUCGGCCAGCCAGUCAUCUACGAGAUCAUCAAUCUGGUGAAAGAGCAGUUGACAGCCUGUAACGUGCCAUGCUGCCAGUGUUGCAUCUGCCUCUACGGUUUCCGUCAAGGCGACCACUUCACCAAGACCCCUUGCUAUCACUACUUCCACAGCCACUGUCUGGCCAAGCAUCUUAGGAUCUCCCACCGCAUCUUCAAUGAGGAGCAGGACAAGCUGCCUGCCUGGCAACGCACAGACACUUUCCAGGCUACUUGCCCCGUAUGCAGGGCAGAGGUGGUGUAUGAUGUGGAGUCGUUGGGUACCGCUCCACCCCCACUAGACCUGCUGCAGGCUGACAACUUUACACCCUCAGCAGAGUUGAGGCGGUUGCAGCAGCAGAUGGCAGCACUGUAUCUUCGGCAGAAGCAACGUGGCGGAAUAAUACAGCAGGACAGUGCUGUUCUCCUGCUAACUGAGGAUGGAGGUAGUGCAGCCGAUAACAGAUGACGCUUGUCGCCAUUAACCAAAAAGUACUUCGUCCUCAUCGACGAAACCUGAUCGCACCCCGGUGCAGUGGCAAAUUCACUUAAUUCUUGUUAAAUUAAUCAAAGUCAGUACUUGUAAAUAGAUGUAAGAAAUUAUUUAUUAUUGUUAUUUUAUUUCUGACAGUACUCUGUACUGGCUUUAUUGUGAUAUUUUUAAUAGUUUGUUUUUUAAAGUAAAUAUUAUAUACAAUAAUUUUAACUGAUUAUAUUGUGCCCCGUUAAAUGGAGUGCCGAGAGUGAUAUUCUUUGUUAUGAAUAGCUUUAAGUAUAUGACUUUUAUUAAGUUUUAUUUAUUUUAUGCAUUCUCACACCUGAAGCUUUAUAAGUUUAUAACACAUAAUCAGAAUCUGAUCAAAUCUCAAGAUGUUACAUUACGUCUUAUCAUCAAGGUUAUACGUUAUUUUUGGUCAAUUGAAAUUUUGUGUCAUAUCAAAUAAAUAAUUGAUGACCUCAUAUUUGGAUUGUGUGGGAUAAUAUUAUUUAUAAUUGACAGUGCAUUUUAAAUGCAUUGCUUAAUCAAUCAUAGGAAAGAUGUGGACAGUACAAUAUGUUUCUCAACCGUAGUAAAAAUAUUUAUGAAAAGGUAUGUUAACCCUCUCCUGUACAAACGGCCAAAAGGAGUCAGGUCUAACAAGUGAAUUUUUAUAAGCAGUUAUGUUUUAAUUUUUUAAGUAGUUGCAAAAGAAGUUUAGAAAGUAUCUUUUAUUUUUGAUGUCCAGUACCAUGAAAAGAAGAAGCAUAUGUUUUGUAAUUGUGCAUGUUGUUACUAACUGCGCAUCCAACUGUGCCAGAAAGGAUGUUUUGCUUUAUGGUUUGUUAGUUUUCUCAAUAUGAAUAGCACAAUUGAAAAUACAUGCCAAAUUUGAAUCUCAUAUGGUAAUCACGUUUUCAUAAGUAACCUCAUAUUGAUAUUAUAAUGUUUUCCAUCAAGUUUGUGCUGUUUACGGACAGGAUGUGAUGAUGAGUUAUGAUUACAGGAAUCAUUGGUGUCAAAACAUUAAAAAAUUUAUAGAUAUAAUUUUUUAGGACAAAGAGGUUAUCAGCCAUCUGAAGCUUGUUUACGGGAAGAAUUGAAAAACACAUGACAACACUUUUUGGGACAUUUGAAAUUUUAUUACACAUCCAUGACAUUUGACUACGAAGUUCAUAUUCCAUAUUUAACUGCAGAUCAUUGUAUUAAGGAAGAAUCUCAGGGGGUGGAAGCCCCGCAAAUUUUUAAAGAUAAACAUUAAAAUUGCACCUGGUUUUUAGUUUCAAACUGGAACACAUUUAUAAGGUCUUAAAGUUGAACAAUUUCACGGGUAAUAUUACUGAGCGUAUAUUUUUGGAUGGUAUUUCAUACCUUUUAAACCACCCAUUGUGUCAGCACCCAAAAUAAUUUUCUAUAUAGGCCAAUGCUGCAAAUCCCAUAGUUUGAUUACUGAGUUUAUUAAUUAUUUAUAGUUUAUGAUGACUGUCAUCUUGAUAAGACUACACAUUGCAUUCAAAUUUAUUUUACACGCUUUCAUUACAUAUGAAGGUUUCCAGUAGAUUCCAAAGUAUGUCAAAAA